AUGAGAGACAAUGUUAUCAAGUGCCUGGAUGCCUUCAGAGACCUAUCCGGCUCUCUGGUCUCGCCUUCUGACGGAAUCAGCGACUAUGGUGAUAUUGAUGACAACGAAAAGGUGAGAACCGUAGAGUCUCGCUUCAAGGAGUGGUCGGGGGUAUUUAUGGCGCACCGCUUCGUGAGAAACUCCCUCGAGUAUCGGCUCCGAGUCAGAGAUGCAUCCCUCCUUCGCAAAGAUGUGGUGCGCCUUUUAAAGGACCUGGCAGAUUCGAUUGCAGAAGCAAUGUGCGUCACCAACGGUGUCAUGCCGCCGUUGGAUGAUGAGGCCGGCGACGACUCGGACUCGGACGACCCGGAUGAUGAUGGGAACGAAGGCGACGACCGAGAGAUUUGUGAUUCAGAUCAAGGGGAGUUUGCCUAUGAUGCUGUUGAAAUGUCCCGCGCCAUCGCUGUCAUCACGGAGAAUGUUGAAAGCCUCUUCCGGCUUUUAACUACAUUCGACAACCCGUCGUCGCAUGACGAAUCCGUUGAAUCCGGGUCGACCGACAGCUCGCAUUAUGAACAAUUCUUCAUGCAGCACGUGCGGGAAAAAUUCCCGCUGGCUAGCGACAGUGUCGUGGAUCGGUUAGGCAAGGCACUCUCACAGCGCCGGCGAUAUUUCAAGUACCGCGAAAGCCAUCAACAAACGUCCGCACAGUGUCUUGAAGGCCACGAGCCGGGCGUUGCCUACGCGUCCCUCGAGGCCCGCGCCGCCUUCGGCGACGGCGACGGCGUGCUCUGCCACAACUUCCGCGAGGGCAACCGGUCCGCCGUGGCGGUCGGCAUCGAGGCCCUCCGCAAAGUCCCCAUGAAACCCAUGAACGGUGCGGGACCGGCGAACUGCGGGCGCGUGAGCUGUCAGAAUAACACUGGAAUCUGGUGGUGCAACGACGCCACGACCCCCAGGGAACUCAACUCCUUCGCCGACAUCGCCGACGGCGCGCAGCGCGUGGUGAGCAGCUGCAAGGACAAGCUCGACGCGAACCAGGGCGACGGGAUGACCGUCAGCGGGCAGGCCUUCCACAAGGACGGCUGGAACGUGGUCGUCCGCGGCGGGGACGACUGCGCCAACGCGGGGGUCAACAUCAACAUGUGA